UGCGUUUACUUCCCAACACUGCCUGACAGUCUCUCAGUUGAAAAAUGUCAACAAACAUAAAAUAAUUUUUCUUGUUCAGUGUUAUUUACAAAGGAUCAAUUUCUAUAACCUAAUUAUCAAUUGUAAAAAUAUAAUGUUUAUUAUUGUUUGAAAUAAAUUUAAUCUUACAAUGGAAGAUGACAAUAUUUUGUUUGUCAGGCGGAACAGUAAAUCAAUGAGUGAUGAAGAUCAUGAAGAUGUCUGGGAUGAUUCUGCAUUAAUAAAAGCAUACGAUAAAGCUAUUAAUUUAGCUAAAGAGGAAGUGGCAAAACGAAUGGGAAUCCAAGAAGUAUCUCCCGACAAACCUAGUAAAUCGACAACUCCGAAAGAGCAUCGUCAAUCUCGCAAAAAUCAAAGAAAAUGGUGUAUUGGGUGUCCUUGUCGAGCAAUUUAUUCCGAAGAUGGAGAUUUGUACGAAGCAAUAAUUACAGAAAUGCACGAAAAUUCUGGCACCUGUACUGUUAGAUUUAUAGGCUAUAAUAAUACAGAACAAGUAGAACUCAUUUCACUCUUGGAAUCUGAAGGACUUCAAAAUCAAAUUGCACAACAAAAAGCGGCAAUGCUAGACAAUGACGAGAGUCAACAAAGUACUUCAACUGCUCCUGAAACUUCAAAACAUUCUUCGAAUUUGAGGAAUGUAAAUGGAGUUCUCGGAGAUAAAAUGGACUGUGAUUAUACCGAAAAUAAAUCGUCAAAAACAUUUACUCCAUAUGAUCGACUGACUGAUAUUAAUCUUCCUACAGCGCCACCUGCCCCACCACUGCCACCUCAUCUUAUGAGCAGAUUGCCUCAAAACGACGCGGACGCUCUUUCUAGCAUGUUAAUGUCUUGGUAUAUUAGUGGAUUCCACACUGGAUAUUAUCAUGGUUUGCAGCAAGCAAAAAGUUUACAGGAGAAGCGCAAAAAGUGAAAUAUAUUUUUGUUUUCAUAGACUUUGUAAGAAAUGCGACUUCGUUUUUAAAAUAUACAUUAUAAAAAAAAUAAAA